CUGGCCACCAGCUCGCGCUCCGCAGCACAAGACGAUCCUUGUUGCUCUCUGUCCUCUCCAUCUCCUAGGCUCCCACUGGGCGCCGCGCCGCCACACUAGCCGCAGACGCCUGUCCCUUCUCCCUCUGCUUUAGGGCAAGUCCAGAAGCCCCUGUGAACCGUGAAGUCUUUCACUCUCUGCAUGAGAGGCAGUGCUGUCAGGGCCCUGGACUUCUGGAAGGCUCUCUGUGCUGUGUAGGCGAAGUGUCCCACGGCAGGUGGCAGCAGACAUGUCUCGUGAGCUACAGGACGUGGAUCUUGCUGAGGUGAAGCCUUUGGUGGAGAAAGGAGAGACUAUCACUGGGCUCCUGCAAGAGUUCGAUGUUCAGGAGCAGGACAUUGAGACCUUACAUGGCUCCCUUCAUGUCACGCUAUGUGGGACACCUAAAGGAAACCGACCUGUCAUCCUCACAUACCAUGACAUUGGCAUGAACCAUAAAACCUGCUACAACCCCCUCUUCAACUCUGAGGAUAUGCAGGAGAUCACCCAGCACUUUGCCGUCUGCCAUGUGGAUGCCCCCGGCCAACAGGAUGGGGCUCCCUCCUUCCCUGUGGGGUACAUGUACCCGUCAAUGGACCAGCUGGCUGAAAUGCUUCCUGGGGUCCUUCAACAGUUCGGGCUGAAGAGUGUCAUCGGCAUGGGCACAGGGGCAGGUGCCUACAUCCUGACCAGAUUUGCUCUGAACAACCCUGAGAUGGUGGAAGGCCUUGUGCUCAUCAACGUGAACCCAUGUGCAGAAGGCUGGAUGGACUGGGCUGCCUCCAAGAUCUCUGGAUGGACCCAGGCCCUGCCAGAUAUGGUGGUGUCCCACCUCUUUGGGAAGGAGGAAAUGCACAGUAACGUGGAGGUGGUGCACACCUACCGCCAGCACAUCGUCAACGACAUGAACCCAAGCAACCUGCACUUGUUCAUCAGCGCCUACAACAGCCGGCGGGAUCUGGAGAUUGAGCGGCCGAUGCCGGGAACCCACACUGUCACCCUGCAGUGCCCUGCCCUGCUGGUGGUUGGGGACAACUCUCCUGCUGUGGAUGCUGUGGUGGAGUGUAACUCCAAGCUGGACCCCACGAAGACCACCCUACUCAAGAUGGCAGAUUGUGGCGGCCUCCCGCAGAUCUCCCAGCCGGCCAAGCUCGCCGAGGCCUUCAAGUACUUUGUGCAGGGCAUGGGAUACAUGCCCUCUGCCAGCAUGACCCGUCUGAUGCGGUCCCGUACAGCCUCUGGCUCCAGUGUCACCUCCCUGGAGGGUUCCCGCAGCCGCUCCCACACUGGCGAGGGUGCCCGCAGUCGCUCGCACACGAGUGAGGGCCCUCGCAGCCGUUCUCACACCAGCGAGGGAGCCCACCUUGACAUCACCCCCAACUCGGGUGCCACCGGGAACAACGCUGGGCCCAAGUCCAUGGAGGUGUCCUGCUAGGCAGCCUGUGUGCCUGCUGCCCCAGACUCUCAUCUCUGUAGCUGCCCCCCUCGGCCCUCCUCUCCCCUGCCUGCCACCCUGCGCUAAUGCGGUAUUAAUCCAAAGCUUAUUUUGUAAGAGUGAGCUCUGGCCAUGACAGAUCGGGUCUGUCCAGGGCACCGUCUUGGGCAAGGGCUGGGAGGAGGUGGACCAAAGGAAAGUGGCAGCUCAGUGUCCUGUUUCCAUUAACUAGUGGCCUAGUGGCCACUCUCUCAUCUGCCCUCAGAGACACCAAACUGCCAAAAACAAGACAAAUAUAGCAGUAAACACUUCGCAGCUAGCAGACCAGGCUGUCCUAAGCAUCCUGGUUCACAGGCAUUUUGCCAAGCCACCUACUUCCUGUUUCCUGUCCAACCAAAGCCACACUGGCUCUUUCCUGGAAACAAAACUGUUCCUGAUUUGGGGAGGAGGGGCCCUAAACUGUGGGUAACUGUUGUUAAGUAGCCAAAACAGGAAGGGAAAAAAGAGGUGAAACUUAGGUAGAGGCUACAGGCAUUUGGAAAACCAAGUCCAUAUGGUUCCCUUGAAGAAAUCAAUUUUUUGAACUUGGUGCAUCUAUUACCUUCUGAGGUCAAAGUAUACCAGCCUCUGUUUCUGGCAUGCUUUUUAUAUACAGUGAAGCAGGCAGCAAACGCUGCUGGCUUUAUAGAGAUGCCCUUUCAGCAAGUGUUUGGUGUCAUUGUGAUUUGUCUGCCUCCUCCAUAGCCCCUGCCUCCCACCCCACAUUCGCGAGUGAGGGGUUCUUUUUGCUUGUGGGGAAGAUGGUGAGAUUUGUAGUUGCAUCCUUUGAAAUGGAGGAGACACUUACAACAGUGUCCCUGGCUGUUAGGAUUCUCAUGGGGGGGGUACCAGGGUGGGUGUGGGACACAGUGACUAGCGUAAGUGACUUUGUGUGGCUCUACUGGAAUCCAGUGCCUGUGAUUUCAGUGGAUCGCAGCCUAUUUCUUGGAAGUCCUGUGUGAUUGAGUUCAACCCAGUCUGUUGACACUGGGGUUGACCCUGACCUUGACAGCUGGAUUCCUCCAACCCAGGGCCAUUGCUCAGGCUUCAGAUUGGGCUUUUGCUCUCAUGGGGGUGGGAAUUCAUGUGGGGAGUGGGCUGAGAAAAAUAUAGGGUUCUGGAAUCUAUACUGCAUGGAAACUUCCUUCCUCUCUAGCUGUCCCCUCUCCCCAUGCCCUAACCUCCUUCUGCUGAACGGGGCGGCACCACUGACACUUCUGAGCAAUGUCAGCCUAGUGUCGAGUUCCUGUACUACUGCCUUUUGGUUUUCAUUGUGGCUAACCAUGAAUUUUCUUAUAGGAAGUUUGAUCAGAGGAAAUCGAACUUGGCAAAUCAGCUGCCAGGGCUUGAUGAGUUCCAGGACCCUAGCGUUGGUAGAAGGAAGUAGUCAUGCCUUCUAGGUGGCAUGACUUUGAGAGGCAGUGACUCAGUUUACCUGCCUACUACCAUCUUGAGGGCUUUCCUUGAUCUUGUGCAGAAAGAUUGAGGAUCCAGGCAAGAGUGGCUGAGUGCAGACCAGAAAUUAUUGUACAGAGGAGUUUCUUAAUGAGAUAUUUGUAUUUAUUUCCAGACCAAUAAAUUUGUAACUUUGCAGUAGCUUGUGUCUUUUUCCUCUCCCUGAGAGACUGUGUGUGACAUUAAGGUGCUGGAAGGGUAGAACGGGAAGGGUAGAGGGUCACUCAGCCUUAACACCCCAGCACUGUGCCCGGUG